AUGUCCUGUAAGAAGUGGUGCUCCAACAGCCAGACCAAGUGGAUCCUUGCUGGCAGUAUCAGCGUGACCCUAGUGUUGGCCAUUUCAAUGAUCCUGGGCCUCACCCUGCAUCGGGGCACCCAACCAGGCUGUGAGCAAGAUGUUUGUCGCCCGGAUGCUGACAUGCUCGACUACAUGCUAAGCACAGGCCAUAUCAGCCACCGGGAUGGCCUGCUGGUUACCUGGUACCACGCAGCCAGCAGCAAGAAAGAGAUGGAGGCUGCCCUGAACAGCGAUGUCAUGGUCUUGGAGGCAGAUGUCACUGUAGAAGGGUUCACUACAGUCAAUGAGACUGGGGUGCCCAUUAUGGCCCACCCUCCAGCCAUCUACAGUGACAAUACCCUGCAGCAGUGGCUGGAAGCUGUACUGGCCUCGUCUCAGAAGGGGAUCAAACUGGACUUCAAGAGCCUCAAGGCUGUGGGCCCCUCCCUGGACCUCCUCCGGCAGCUGACUGAGGCUGGCCGGAUUCGGAGACCCGUGUGGAUCAAUGCUGACAUCCUAAGAGGCCCCAAUGUGCCUGUCUCAGUUGAGAUCAACGCUACACAGUUCCUGGCGCUUGUCCAGGAGAAGUACCCAGAGGUCACCAUCUCUCCUGGCUUCACCACUCUUUACGUGCCUCAGUUGCCAAACAGCACGUACACCCGAGCCAUGGUGGAGAAAAUGCAGGAGAUGGUGGGAGCGCUGCCUCAGAGGGUCACCUUCCCAAUUCGGGCUUCCAUGGCACGGGCUGCCUGGCCCCACUUCAGCUGGCUCCUGGGCCAAUCUGAGAGGUACAGCCUGACACUGUGGCAGAGCGCUUCGGACCCCGUGUCGGUAGACGAUCUCCUCUUCAUCCGGGACAACAGUGCCACCCACCAAAUCUACUAUGACCUCUUUGAGCCUGUCUUGUCGCAGUUCAAGCAGCUGGCCUUGAACACCACCCGGAAGCGGACCUUCUACACAGGUGGCAGCCUGAUCCCUCUUCUCCAGCAGCCCGGGGGUGAUGGUCUAGAGGUAGAGUGGCUGGUUCUGGAAGCGAACGGCAGCAGAGCAGCAGCCAUUAUUGCUCCUGACAGAGAAGGCAUGAUCCUGCUGAAUGUUGGCCUGCAGGAACCUGAAGCUGGGACCCCUGUGCCCAGCCUGCGUGCCCCGGGUGGUUCUGUUCUGACGCUGGAGUCUUGUCUGCGGCAGCUGGCUAUUCACCCCAGGCGCUGGGGCAUCCAUGUGAACAUAGUGGAACCUGCAGCUCUCCGGCCAUCCCUGGCCACGCUGGCACACCUCUCCGCCCUUGGCGAGCUGCCCUGGCCUGUGUGGGUGGGGGCCACAAUCUCACAUGGUAAUUUUGUGGUCCCUGGCCACGUGGCCGGCAGAGAGUUGCUUACAGCUGUGGCUGAAAUUUUCCCCCAUGUCACCGUGGCACCAGGCUGGCCUGAAGAGGUGCUGGGCAGUGGCUAUCGGGAGCAGAUGGUCACAGAUAUGCUGGAGCUGUGUCAGGGACUCUGGCAACCUGUGUCCUUCCAGCUGCAGGCUGGGCCACUGGGCCGGAGCACAGCCAAAACUGUGGCCAGGCUACUGGCCGCCUCCCCUCGAACCACUCUGACGGUACACCACAGCAGGGCUGGGAACAGCUAUGCAGAUGUGUGGGCUGGCUUGUGGGUGGCCAGGGCCAUGGACAGGACCCGAGUCUAUUACAGGAUACCCGAGGAGUACCGAGAAGACUUGCUGGCAGAUGUGAGCAGGAACUGAGCACCCAGUAGGACUGGACAUCUAAUGUGGAAGGCUUCCCUGGGGAGUCAGGGUGAAUAAAUGCCUCUGUUUUGCUCCACGCACUGUGUAAGACCUGGGGCAGGGUGGAGUGGUGCCUAGAGGGUCUGGAGGCUGGGGGCCAGGUCAUUCCGGUUGUCCAACAGGAAACUCUCACAAGCCUUGAAAGUAUUGUAGA